UACUCAAAGUUCCAUAAAAUUUCAAUGAUAUAAAAAGUAUUUUAAAAAUAUUACUUUUACAUCGAAAUGGCGCUCAGAGCAAUCCAAUUCAGAAGAAACAAUAAUAUUAAAACCGCAAGAAACCGAAGUCUAACUCCAAUAAAUCGAGAUAGAUCCGCAAGUAAGCUCUCAUUGGAACUCCACAGAUUGGCCAAGCGCAAAAAAAAGGCUUACAAUCUACUGAGACUGGCGUAUAAAAUUCGAAACGCAAAGAUUCGACAACUCAACAGAUUAAUAACCCAAAAGCAACUAGAGCAGAGAAAUCGAAUGAAAAUGCUGAGAGACCGUAGUUACCAACAAUUUCGCAAACUCUUUCGUCAAAUGAAUCUGGAAAUGGACAAAGAAAUUUGGCAGGCUCAAAAUGUGUUGACCAUCAAGAAAAGAAACCGCGAAUAUAUCAAAAGAGAAAUUAAAAUGAUUAAGAAUCUGGCUAAAAAGUCACCUCAGGCAUGGGCGCACUUUAAGAGUUACAUAAGAAAAAUAGAAUUGGCAAUCGCUGGCAUUAUUCCCAUGGAAGAGGCCCUCAAAAAGAGGCCUAAAGAUAUCCGAAACAUAGAUGGUAUAAGCAAAUCAUCACUAUCGAUUGAUCCCAAAAAUGAAGAAUGUCUUAGGAAAACAUCAAAAAGCAAUUCAAAAAUGAAAUUCAAGUUCCAGAAAAUUCAGCAUGGAGUCUGUAAUCGAACUGUAUAUCCAUCUUGCAAUAUCAUCCAGGGACCUUAUAGUGUUCCAAAGCCUCUAAACUUUAAAAACUGCCACAGAAGUACCUCAUCAAGCAGAAAUCUUCGAGUCAAGGCUUCAGAAAUCCAAAAACAAAAAGACCAGGAAACUUUAAAAUUAUUGAAGCUCAGAGAUGGUUUAAGUGCGGACACUCGCAUGAUACGUCAUCUUGAAAAAUCUCUGAUCUCGAUAAUGAACAAAGUCCAUUCAAAUCGCAACAAAAAGAAGAGUAGAAACAGCAGAAGUCACAUUCUAAUUAAAAAGCGCAGUAAAGUCCGCAGAAAAAGUCGUAGUCGAAGUCAAGCCCGCAGUAAAAGUCUAAGUAGCAGUCGAAGUCAAAGUAAAAGUCGCAGUAAAAACGUACAUGGUAAAAUUUCCAGGAGAGUUCGGAACCAAAGUAAAGUUCGAAAUCCUGAAAAGCACGCACGGCAAAGUCCCCAUGAGAAUCAUAUUUUAAAGCGUGUUGAAAGUCCCACCAAAAAUAAAAGUAAAAUUAGCAUUCAAGUUCGUCAUAGCGAUCAGAAUACCAACGCAAAUAUAAGACCUAGUCAAAUCAGCAGUGACAAUGGCAGAACAAUUCGCUAUAAAAGUCGGUCUCGAACUAAGAGCCGAAUAAGAAAUCGUAGUCAAAGUCGCAGUAAAAAACUGAGUAUAACUCGCACUAAGAAACAAAGUAGAAGUAGCAGUCAACACCGCAGUAAAAAUCUAAGAGCAACCGCAGAUGUAAUUAUCCAAAAAAAUUACACCCAAAAUGAAACCGAAAAACGUACUCUAAGUGAAAAUCAAAUCAUCAAGCAAAGUCACAAAAAAAAUCGUAAUGUAAAACAAAAUCGCAGUAAAAGUCGCAUUAUAAAAAGGAGUAGAAGUCGGAAUGAAAUGAAAACUCUUUUUAAAGGCCUCCCGAAAACGGAAAGUAAAGUGUACAUUUUAAGCCAUAUAGAGAGUAAUACCAGUGCCCCAAGCAGAAGUACUCAUAUACCGUCUUUAAUCCGAAGAAAGAUGUCUUUGGAUAAAAAAAAGUUGCGAAAGGGAGAGAAAACCUCAAGCCACUUGAUGCUCAGGGCUGUGAGAAAGUUCAAUAAGUACAGAAGAAAAGAGUCCAACUCCAUGGUUGUGGAUGCAACAGAAACACCUGGCAUUUUGCGGAAAUCUGGGACCUCGAUCAAAACUGAUAUCACUGAAACCCAAAUAGGAGUGGCUCAGCAGCUGAACACUCAUGCUGAAGCUGAGAAACCAGCAGACUACGUCGAGGAACCUGGUAAUAUGGUGGACUUUUUCUCCGUCAAGAAUAGACUUGUUCCACAUGAUAAACACAGAAAGCUUUCCAAUGCUUCUGUUUCAGUGGAUAGAGACGGCGAUGAAGAUCACGAUGCGGAUGAAGAGGAUACUCAUGAUCUUAUGUCCUCCGAACAGGGAGCUGGCGAUGGUCGUUCCGGAAAUAGAAAAUGGGCACCUUCUCAUAGAGUUACUGCUCCCACUCGGUUCACUCAUGACCUGAUUUCCGGAGCUCACGAUUAUGACCUGAGCGAACUUGUGGGAGAACAGGCAGGGGAACUGAAGCAAGUGUUUAGCCUUCUUAUGCAGGACAAAACACCAACCAAGGAAUCCGAUGUGCUCCUGCUAAAGCGGUACAGUCUUCACUCCAAGGGAUAUGAUGAUAUGUUGCAGAAGCUGCACCAUAGGCGUCUAAAAAGGUGUCAUACCGCCUACGAAAAGAUCCUGAACGAGGCGGAGUUCGAGGGGCUCAGGAAGCAAAUGGGUUCCAGAAUGAGAAGGGUCCUGAGGUCGCCUGCCCUUUUGGAAACUGUCAGUAAAGCUUCGAGUUCCGAUGACGACCUUGAGGAGUUCUCGGUAAGCAAGGACUACGAUGUGGAAGGUAUACUCAAACGUUGGCAACAAUUCUUUGAUGAGCAGACCAAAACACCUUUUCAAUUGGAGCUGGAAAGAAAGCAUGAGAAUACCUUGAAGGAAAAUUUAAAACUUCGGAGAAAGCAGAGGUCCCUAUCGCGGGGGUCUUCACGUUCCCGCAGCAAAAGUCCGAGACGUUCUGAUCUUGGCAAGCAUUUCAGUCAUCCACGUUUGACGGCCCGCCAACAAAAAGUUGAGAAGCUCAUUUCACAGUCCUUACACGCUCUCAGUCCAGUAAAAAACCGCUCCAAGUGCUCCAUUUGCGGCUUGAGUCUUAGUCGUAGUAGCUCCAUUAGUCAUCAUAUGGAAAAAUGCUUUUGUGAUUGACCAACUGAAGAUUUGUAGUGAAUAAAAAAAAAGUGUGAUUAAUGAUUACUGGA